AGUCUUAUCCUUUGGCUUCCAAACGUCACAUUCGCAUAUCCAACCCUGCAAGAAGAGACCUUCCCCGUACAUGCGCCGCCCAUAUCAUCCCCGCCUUACCUACCGCGCCAUUUGAUUGCCUGUUAACUGUUCGACGAAAAGCCCCAAAGAGAAGUUAGAUAUACGAAGGGAGGAUUAGAUCUUUUGAGGUCUGAGCCUGAGGAAUGCCGACACCGGUCACCACCAUCUCCACCGCAUCCGCCGCCGCCCUCGCCUCUUUCCUCUUAUGUCGUUCCCCUCCCUCCGCUGCCCCGACCUCUCCUCGUCCUCUACCAGCUAGCGCCUCCUCCCGGCCCGCGGUGGUCCUCGCCGUGCGUGCCUUGGCCUCCAGGCGGGUUGUCUCGUGCCAGGUCGCCCUCUCUUCCGACCUCUCCUCGGGUAUAGAAGAGGAGGAGCUGCUGGCGGCGGCUAUGGUUGGGAAAAGGGUCCGGGUUAAGGUGCCCCUGAAGGUUUACCACGUGAUGAAAGCGCCCGACCUGGAUCUGGACGGCUUGGAAGGGGUAAUCAAGCAGUAUGUUGGGGUUUGUAAAGGGAAGAGGAUCUCCGCCAAUCUCCCGUUCAAGGUCGAGUUCGAGAUCAACGUGGAAGGCCAGGUCCGCCCUGUCAAGUUCUUCGCCCAUCUCAGGGAGGAUGAGUUCGAGUAUUUGUCCUCGGAUUGAGCUGGUGAUGUCCAAUCCGAUGUAAAGAUGGGAGAUUUCAGAAUUGGGCAAGCGAGAUUGGAUUGGCAAAUGCUCUUUCUCUAGUUUUCUCUUGAUAUCAUAAAAUAUGUGGACUAUAAAUUAAUAUUUUGGACGAGGAAAAGUAGAACGGGGGACUUUGAGGAUGCCAUGGGAGUAAGUUCCUGCUUGCAUAUCCUCUCUCUGUUUCAGCUGAGAUUAUGAAUAAUGAUAAUUGUUGUUUGUGAUCCAUUGGAUGCACAUAAUUGGGGUUGUCCUA